AUGUUCAGUUUAGGUAAAAAUAGAGGGUUAGUUUAUCUGGAAGGCAAGUACUGUGGUAUUGGAGAAGUUGCAUCUGCACCAUCCCGACAGUUUUUCCUGCACCAAAUUGUCAAUGGACUGGAGCCCCUGGUUGAAGCCUCCCCUUUGGCGAAGCAAGUUCCGCCUGUUACAAAUGUGGUGUUAGUUUUUUCUGGGGAGGCAAUUCAUUUGAGAUAA